AAGUUUCUUCAGUCGCCGAAAUCGCAUUCAAAGAAGACGACAAACCCCACCAGUUUCUUCUUAAGCUGACCGUGAAGAUCGUCUCUUUUGUACGUCUGUGUUAAAUAGGGUUUCUUUCUCAACAACCCUCUUCAAUACCCACCUCCCCGUUCAUCUUUUCUCUAAUAGGCUACUAUUCCUCGAUUGAAGACGGCAAAGAAACUAAUCAACCUCGGUAAGCAUCAUUCAUUUCAAUCUCCAGUUGAUAUGAUAUAAAACAUAUGAAUUUAUGAUUGAUCUCCCGAUUUGAAAAUGUUUCAAUCGGUAGUUGGAUCUGUAAAGGAGAAUCAUAAUAAUGGUUCAAAUAGUGGACGUUUAUUGCGAGAUAUAGAGGAAAUAAGUAAAGCCCUGUAUCUAAAUAGGGUUUCUAGUAACCGAUCUAAAUCCUCUGGAAGAUAUACUAAGAUCAAGUUUGCCAAUGAGGAAUUGUUCGAUGAGGAGAAGAAACCUUCCUCUUUAUGGAAGAAUUGGAAGCCCUUUAAGGCACUAACACACAUCCGAAGUCAUAGAUUUUACUGCCAUUUCUUUUUGCAUGUACACACCAUUGAAGAUAUACCAUCGAGUCUCAACAAUGCUUACUUAUGUGUAAACUGGAUUAGGAAGGAGAAAGAGCUGCAAACUCGUCCAGCUCCUGUUAGUCAAGGGUUUGCGGAAUUUGAAGAGACUUUGGUCUUUAGGUGUCCUGUAUAUGGUAGUAAAAACCGACACCAUCAUUCAACAAAGUAUGAGGCAAAGCCUUUUUUGCUUUCUGUAUCUGUUAUCGGGGAUCCUUCUCUUGAAACAGGGAAACAUUGGGUUGAUCUCACUCGUCUGCUUCCACCUACGAUGGACGAAUUAGAGGUGGAGAAGAAUUUAGGGAAAUGGACGACUAGCUUCAGGCUUACAGGAAAAGCGAAAGGUGCAGUUCUAAAUGUGAGUUUCGGAUUUGCAGUAAUGGGGAGACAUCCAUUUGAACAGAGCGCUAACAUGAAUAUAUUCAGGCUUUUACACGAGAAUAGUUCGACUUUGAAUGUACAGUUACCAAACCAAGGAACAGAGUUGGCUCAGUCAAUAACGUCGCUCUAUGAGAAACUUGACGAGGGAAAGUCUGAGCAGCAGCCUUGUAUAGAUGAAUCAUAUGUUGACAAUUCUGGAAAUGAAUUUUUUAGUGGAGAAUUUACUGUAAUUGAUUGUGGGAUAGAAUUCUCCAGAAUCAAAUCAUUGAGAUCUGAAGAUAGAAACGAAUCUUUCGAUGGUUAUUCUGUUAAAACCAUUAAUUUGAAAGAUAUUUUCGACAUUGAUGACCCCGCACCUUUAACUGAGAGUACUGAAAUCAAAAGAGACAACUUUGUGGUGGAUUCUUCGGAUGCAGAUGAUUCUCUUCGACAACAGAAUCCAAGAAUUGGAAUUCAAAUUGAAAGUGAAUCGCCGAAGAUGGAGAGAUCUCGAAGUUUGGAUGAUAUAACAGAAUCCGAUUUCUUAAAAUUAUUGGGAAUCGAUCAGAAUACAUUGGAAUCGGGUUAUGAAACUGAGCCUCAUUCGCCCAAGGAGCGUCUCGUAUUGUUCGAUGUUGAUCAGAUUGAAGAACAGUUAGAUUUCGAAGAGCAUAAGAACGAUAACACGUCUCUUAUAAGUCGGAGAAAUGCAAAGAUGCUUGAAGUUAUGGAAACAAAAGCUUUAAUGGUGGAAUGGAAUCUAGACGAGAAAUUCUUUUUGGGUUCUCCUUCUAUUUCCUCAGGUGGUUUUGGUAGUCCGAUUUAUAUCCCAUCUAUCGACGUGCCCUUAGAGUUUCCUCCAAUAGCGGAAGGUUUGGAUUCUUUUCUCGAGACUAAGGAUGGCGGUUUCUUGCGAUCAAUGAAUCCAUGUCUUUUCAAGGAAGCUAAAAAUGGUGGCCGGUUGAUCAUGCAAGUUUCAGUACCGGUUGUGUUGCCUGUUGUGAUGGGCUCUAGCAUAAUGGAGAUAUUGGAGCAUUGGGCCUCAGUUGGAAACCAAAAAAUGCAGAUGCAGAUGAACAAGUUAAUGCCUUUAGAAGACUUAACAGGGAAGAAGAUGGAAGAGAUGGCAUGGAAUCUUGCAUCUAAACAGGAAGCCAUUAAAAGUAGAAGAUUGAGUUCUUUGAACGUAGAACAACAAGAAGAAGAUGGGGAGAAUGAAUCAUCCUUUGAUUAUGUUCUUGAUGAACUGAUAUUAAACAGUCAAUUCAGUAAUGAUAUGGAUUCAGAUCUAAUAGCUCUAAAAGACGUUGCUCCUUUGACAAUGGAUAAGAUCGAAGCUCUCACUAUUCAAGGUUUAAGAAUCCAGUCUGGUCUAUCCGACGAAGAAGCACCAUCAACCAUUAGGCCUCAGUCAAUUGGCAACAAUGUAACCUUCUUAAACAAAGGCCAUCUUUUGUGCUUCGAUGAAGAAGAAGAAGAAGAAGAUUCUAAUAAGGCGCAACUAAACGAAGAACAUAACGAUAUCGAUCACUUGAUAAACUUAUCUAUAACACUAGACGAAUGGCUGAGAUUGGAUUCUGGGUUGUUUGACGAAAUAACCGACACUUCCGAGAUACUUGCAGCUCAUAUGGCCGAAAAUGUGGGACAUGUCGAUGAAAUCUUGACUAAAUCAAGAAAAAAUGAAAGUUGUGGUUUUCUAGGUAAUAAUUUAACGGUUGCUAUGAGGGUUCAACUUAGGAAUCCGUUGCGCGACUACGAAACAGUUGGAACUCCAAUGGUUGCAUUUAUCGAGGUGGAGAGGGUUUACAUUGAUUUGAAGCCGAAGAUAUUAUCGCUUGGUGAACAAUCUGAAUCUGAUGAUCAAGAGGAUAAUCAUCAAGAAGAAUUUGGUAUUGGUACUCCGCUUUUUAAAAUAAGAGAAGUUCAUGUUGCGGGAUUUAAGACUCUAAUGGAGACGAAUGAGAAGUGUUUUUGGGAACGGAGGAGAAGAGGAGAGCAACAGUCGGGUAGUCGUUGGUUGAUUGCGGCGGGAAUGGGUAAGAAGAAGGUUUUCAGUUCGAAAUCGAAUGCUAUCGUGAAAUCUUCCUUAUCGGGGAUGACAAAUGGUGUUUCGGUUGAUAGUUUAUGGAGCAUUUCGGCUCAUGUUCAUGGAUUGAGAGCUAGAUGGAAAGAAUUGGCUACGUUAAACCAUCAUAUGCGAAAUCCUGAUGUCGUUUUCAUGUGUUGAGGUUCGAGGUUUGUAAUAACAGGUUGUGUUUUGAUUUUGGAAAAAUAAAAUAAAGAUUAUAAUUUAUAGGGUUUAA